ACACAAACGCACACCUCUCACUGCGCUGAACCUGGCAUGCUUAGGCUCAGCAGAACCAUGAAACCGUCGACAAAACACACACGCGCGGUCAAUCCUUUACUUUGAAGCUAUUGGUUGUUGUUACUUCUGGAAUAUUAUUUACUUGCAUUGUGUCGUCCCUGUUGCCUGGGUUUGUUGUGAAUAUGACUAUGAAGAUAAAUAUGAAUAUGCACACACAGUCUCUGCAGAUUUCACACUACAGAUCGGACAUGCUCGUACACACCAGCGCGCUCCAACAGACAAGCAGACACACGCACGUUCACUCCGCUUCUCUCUCCGGCACCUGGACACACGUGGACUGAAAGGUGCUGAGGCUUGUAAAUAGCCCGUGUUGAGUGGCUGUAUCGUGUCGGUAUCGUCUGCUACUAAAGGGGCGUCGUGGCGCAUGGACAAGCACCCUACCUGUGUUAUUACUGUCCUUAUCGUGGACCAGUUAGGGCCAAAUAUUCUUUGUGCAAUACCAUGACUAUCUAUAUAUUUUAAAGUUUGUUUGUUCAUUUUUGCCCCUCCCUCUAAGUGUUUUUGUUGUUGUUGGAAUGAGUGGUUGAGAGUCUCCUGUUACUGUUGCAGUGUCUGCGCUCCUAUCCUCUGUAUAUAAAGUGAAUGUUACAGGCUAUUGAACUAAUUAUGUGGAGCAGAGUGUUACAGGCGGCCUGUGUAGCAGUAAAAAACUCCGGCGUCCAGCUAUUUCACCCAUCUGUCGGCUUCAGUCAGUCCCUGUCCAGUUAGUGUGGAUGUGUUGGAGCGUGGGCCUCGUUCUUUUCAUUUUUUUAUUGUUUUGGUUUAUUUUUGAAUCGUGAAUGUACAUUUUUGUGGGCAUGAAUGUGUGAAUUUGAUUUCUCUUCGUGUCGUAACUUUGUCCGAUUUUGUUUUCCUUCUCCUCCAAAGCUCCAAAUCUUUUUGUUCCCCACCUGCAGCAGCUGUUUUUCUCCAUCUUUCAGCCAAAACCACUAGUUUUGUCUCAUUUUUGCUUUCUUUUUUUUUUCAAGAUGGCUUAUAUUUCUUGUUGCUCUCUCUUUUUUAUUAUUAUUAUUAAAAUUAUUAUUAUUAUUAUUAUUAUUAUUGUAAAGUGUAUCUGGAGGAAACCUUUAUGUAUAAUACUAUAACUAUACCAUUAUAGGUCUGUUACAGCCGGUUGUUAUGAAUUGUUGAGAGCCAGCAGCUGAAUUACCUCUCAUGCCAAACACAAACACUAAACACCACACACAGACUCUCCCCUUUGCUCUCUCCUCCCGCCCCCAUCCAUCCUCCCCUCUUCGAUGUCUCUUUCUCUUGCAAACACAUGCACACACAGAGAAGGACUCUUGUCGCGUGUACUGUACAGUGAUCCGAGGACGGGCUGGUUGCUGUCUGUGCAGUAGAGUCGGUGUGUAGUGACGCUUCGUGCACCCAGGGGUAUGGCUGUUCCUGGUCACACUAUCUUACUCUGUGCCAAAAUGUAGUGCAAACAGCCGGGCUAGUCCUGUCUGGUCUGAUUCCAAUAAAACACUGAGCUGUCUACAUCAAUCCCAGACGCUUUUGUCUCUUCUUUUUUUUCCGCUUUCUUUUUCAAUUCCAUUUUUUUUAAUCCAAAGCGUGGCUGCCUCUCUUCAGAGGCAAAUCUGUGCGAUGCUAAUAGGUUUUGUACAAGUGAGAAAAGGGAGGAGCGGAAGGAGGGAGUAGGGUGAUGCUUUCCCUCGCCGGCUGACCUAUCAUUCUGCUCAAUUUUGGAGGCCCGAAAGAUGAUUUGCAUGCAAGAAAGGAGAGAGGAGACGCUCGCUGGAGUCUGUCCAAGUCGCAUGUGCUGCAGGAGACCUUGAGCUUUGAGACUUGACGUGGUGGGGAUGCAAUGACAGCUGACAAGGAGAAGAGAAGGUAAAUCUGUUGAAACCAGAAUUGUCAGAGAGCUUUUGUUGGUUUGCGUCUGUGGUUGGUAAGUGAGGGGAUGUUGCAAGGCUAAGGCUGGUAGUGUGGCCACAGUGGGGCAACUGGUUAAAAUCUUGACCACAGAUUUUUUUAAGUGGAAAAAAAAACUAUUAAAUGUUCAUUUAAAGCCUAAAAUUGAAAUAUAAAGUUGAAAAAAUUACAUGUAAAAUUCAGUUUUUUAAAAAAGGAAGUUCCUCACAUGUUGAGAAAUCUUUUAAAUUCCUUUCAGAUAAGGCCAAAAAGUCACUGUGUCAUCAAGUUAAAAGUUGAGAAACUAAUUUCUCUUCUACUUUGAUCCCCAACCGUGUGCUAAUGGUUCCGCUGUAGGUGUUGCUGAACAUAAGAUUUGAGGCAAAAAUAAAUCUAAUAAGUCUUAGAAAUACAUUUUUUCCUURUUCAGUUGUUCUAUGGUUCAUCACAUCUGAGUAUUUUGGAACCUGUUAAAGUUUUAAAAACUUCCUGUCUGCAGAGCAAUCAGCCGCGAGGCGGCCAGACGGAGGCGGCGCGUCGAAUCGGACGUGUUCGGCGAUUUAUCUUGCCUCCUGCCGCUGCAGCCCUCCGUGCGGUCCAACCUGGACAAGCCCUCCGUCAUCCGCCUCACCCUGAGCUACAUACGCAUGAACGCGCUGCUCCRAGAAACUGACAGGAUAAGUCCAGAGCUCAGACAGGCAGUGAGGUUUGAACACGAGAUGAAAAAAGGACAGGAACUGAUUUGUGAGAUGGCGAAAGAGACGGAUGACUUUCUGCCGUUGGACGAAACAAACAUGUACCUGAAGGUCCUGGAGGGAUUCCUGAUGGUCCUGUCCACCUCAGGAGACAUGAUCUUUUUGUCGGAAAAUGUCAGCAAGUACAUGGGUUUGACCCAGACUGAGCUGAUGGGACACAACAUCUUUGAGUACACUCACCCGUGUGAUCACGAGGAGCUCAGACAUAAUCUACGCCUGACAGCAGACGAGGUUUGGUGCAGUCAGAAGAAGGACUUCGUCAUGAGGAUAAAAAGCGCUCUGACUCACAGAGGAAGGAUCGGCAACAUUAAAACCGCUUCGUGGAAGGUGUUGCACUGUCGGGGCAGAGCRAAGGUGUGCACGGCCUCAACGUCGGUCUCCUGCCUGCUUCUGACCUGCCGCCCUCUGCCGCUCUCGCACACACUCCUCAGCACACACACGUUCACCAGCCAGCACAGCAUGGACAUGAGGUUCACAUACUGCGACCAAAGAGUGACGUCACUCUUAGGCUACAGGCCCGACGAGCUGCUGGGCCGCUCCAUCUAYGAGCUCUGUCACACGCUGGACACCAGCUGUUUGAACAAAAACCACCUGAACUUGUGUUUGAAGAGUCAGUCCGUCAGCGGUCAGUACAGGAUGCUGGUCAGGGGCGGCGGUUACGUCUGGGUGGAGAGUCACAGCGCCGUCAUCCCCGGCGUCCAGCCGUCCAGGUCCCGAGCCAACGCCAGGCAGCCACUCUGCAUCCUGUCUGUCACAUAUGUCCUCAGUGGAGUGGAGGAGCCGUCUGUUCUGCUCUCAUUGGACCAAACGUUCCAAAGAUAUUUGAGCUGAAACUGGAGUCUGAAGAGACCAACAUUCUCUUUAUAUCUUUCUGUAAAUGCCCUUUGUAUUUUUUUUUUUAUUAAACUUGAAUAUUUUCAUUCUGAAA